UUAUUGAGGUGGAUGUCAGGUAUAAUUAGCAAUCGAUAUGGAAAAUGGUUCUUGCAAGCCACGUCUCUGACGUCACGGCCGAUUAAGGUUUCUUAUUGGUCCCAAAUUCCCCAAGCCUGAGCUAAUUAUUGGAAGCUUGAUGUUGAUAAAGUAAAGCUCAUCCUGGGCUUGUAGCAUGUCCCCUCCUCACUGGUCACCGCCACUGCAUGCUUACUAAGGUCCCAGCAGCAGCAGCAGCCCUUCAGCUGUGGCACCUCUAUCCAGGGAGAUGAUGGACAGUAGGAUUCUAGAGCAUCCUCAUGCCCAGUUUGGAGGCUCCAUGAGUGGGAUGGUAGGCUUCCCCUACCCUCUGGGCCACCACCAUGUGUACGAGCUAGCCAGCCACCAGCUCCAGUCUGCAUCCGCCGUCCCCUUCUCUAUAGACGGAUUACUGAACGGCUCCUGCACUGCCUCUGUGGUCAAUCCGAACUCCUUGAUCCCCUCUGGAUGUGUCAUGAAUGGAGACAAUCAGCAGUAUAAGCUGUCAGAUUCUUGUGACCCAGACAAGGAAAGCCCAGGGUGUAAGAGAAGGAGAACCAGGACCAAUUUUACUGGAUGGCAGCUGGAGGAGCUGGAAAAAGCCUUCAAUGAAAGCCACUACCCUGAUGUCUUCAUGCGAGAAGCUCUGGCCUUGAGGUUGGACCUGGUGGAGUCCAGAGUACAGGUCUGGUUCCAAAACCGCAGAGCAAAGUGGAGAAAGAAAGAGAACACCAAGAAAGGGCCUGGACGACCAGCCCAUAAUUCUCAUCCCACCACCUGCAGCGGAGAGCCUAUGGACCCUGAAGAGAUCGCCAGAAAAGAGUUGGAGAAGAUGGAGAAGAAGAAGAGAAAGCAGGAGAGGAAGAUGCUGAGGAACCAGGCUCGCCACCAGCACUCCCCUUCCAUGUCCCUCCACACCCCAAGCUCUGACAGUGACAGUGGCCUCUCACAGACUAAUGAGCCCAGUGUAAUGGAGUCUAGCCAUGUAGAGGUGGGACAAAACAGGAACCAAACACAGCCAACCUGUGACCAAACAGGGCAAGCUUUUUACCCAAGCCAAAGAAACACAGGACAAAAAGACAGGGUCAGUGAUAAAGACUCGCCUACAGAGGCCACCCACAACUCAGGCUUGUGUCCAAAUGGAAGGGCCUCUGGUUUCCAGAAGCUUAACCCCUUCAGCGUGGAAAGUUUACUGUCAGACUCCCCUCCAAAAAGGAAAGCAGGGGUGGAUUUCACAGGGCUGUCAAGCCCCCGCACCCUGAUUGGCAAGGGACACUUUUUGCUGUACCCCAUCACUCAGCCUCUUGGGUUCAUUGUGCCACAGACUGCCCUCAAGACCAGCUUGACCCAGGAGGCUCCUCUUUCGGGGCAGAAAGACUUCAAACACAACGAGAGCCCAGCUCAGCACAGUCAAAGUACCUCCCCGAAACACUCACAACUUUACACAGCGAAAAACACGAACUCUACACACCUCAGCUUGGCCAUCUGCAAGACGGAGGGCAGUGGCCAGAUGGCUGGUUCUCCUAGCCAAGCUGGCUCAGGAGACUCAGAAACAGGGCAGCAGGAUAGCACUUUUUGUGAGCCAAAAUCUCCUUUGUCCCCAAAAGCAGACAGCAAAACCAGAGAGGCAUCAGACUGUCCAGAGCCGGCACCCUGCACCCCCAAACCCAGCAUAGACUGUGAAGACUUAGACAUGGAUUGAACCCCUCUACUCCUCAAAGACU